ACUGGGCAGGUGACCGGCCACUGAAUGCAGCGAAUCUGAGGGAAGCAGUUGAAAAUAGAGCCAGUCACUCUCCAUCAGAUCCCAGGAUCCGGCGGGUAGGAGGGGUUGUGCACCUUGUUCAGCAUUUCAGAGGCCUCAGGGGGUUGGAAAUGGAGGAAGAGAAGCAGCGAUGCCCAUGCAUGGCAGAGACACUUGGGAACAAACCUUUCUGCCAGUUAGGAGUCACUGCUCAGGGCCUUGCUGUCUGUCCUUGGAGCAGGAGAUGCCAAUUUCUUUCCGGCCAGAGAGUGUUUUGUAGUCUCAGGAUAAAACAUAAAUUUUGUUUUGGGACAAAUUUCUUAAACACAAGGUUUAGUCUUGUAUUUAUUUUCUCUCACUUUUAAGGUAUUUAUUUUCUCUUCUUUUUGUCUUUCUGAUUUGUCAAAGUCCAAAGCAUUGCUGAAUAAUUUUGUUUGAAAUGUCACAUUGUGGUACUGGGCACAGUCCAUUUCUAAGGCAAGGGUAAUAAGCUAGUCUUAUAUGGAAAACAUACAAGUGUGUAUCCCAGCAGAUAUUAUGGUCCUUAUGAGUCAAUGAUUGGCCAUGUGUGUGGCUUUUUAAUCAACAUGUGAGUACACGCCCUGUGUUGGGUGCAGCUUUUAUGCCCGCACUUCUUCCGCCUGCUGCGUUACACGAGCUGGGGAUCCAGGCGGCUGGGUUGCUCCGGGCUGCGGUUCUGCCAUGGCUCCUGCGGCGCUGCCCGGGCCCCUGGCCCUGUGUGUGUGUCUGCUGCUGAUGUCCGGCCUGGCCGAGGCAGGCAAGCUGCUGGUGGUGCCCAUGGACGGCAGCCACUGGUUUUCCAUGCGGUCCGUGGUGGAGAGACUCAUCCACAAAGGGCACGAGCUGGUUGUGGUCAUUCCGGACGUGAGUUGGCAACUGGGACAAUCACUGAGUUUUACAGUGAAGACUUAUAAAACUUCUCACACACUGGAGGAUUUGAACCAUGAGUUUAUGAGUUUUGCCGACGCUCAAUGGAAAAAUCGGGGACAAACUUUACAUUCCUUUACGACUCAAGCAAGAGGUUUUUUUAAAAUUGUUCUUUCACACUGUAGGAGUUUGUUUAAUGACAAAAAAUUAGUAGAAUACCUAAAAAAGAGUUCUUUUGAUGCUGUGUUUCUAGAUCCUUUUGAUCUGUGUGGCUUAAUCGUUGCCAAAUAUUUCUCGCUCCCCUCUGUGGUCUUCACCAGGGGAGUAUCUUGUGGUUCUCUUGAGGAAGGUGCCCAGUGCCCGGCUGCUCUUUCUUAUGUUCCCAGAAUGCUGUUAGGAUUCUCAGAUGCCAUGACUUUCAAGGAGAGAGUACGGAACUAUAUCUUCCACUUGGAGGAACAUUUAGUUUGCCCCCAUUUUUUAAAAACAGGGUUAGAAGUUGCCUCUGAAAUCCUCCAGACACCUGUCACGGCGUAUGACCUCUUCAGCGACACAUCAAUCUGGCUGCUGCGAACCGACUUUGUUUUUGACUAUCCCAGGCCUGUGAUGCCCAACAUGAUCUUCAUUGGUGGCAUCAACUGCAAGCAGGGAAAGCCCUUGCCUGAGGUGAGUUGUCUCUCCUUUAGCAAAAUGGGCAUAAUCUGUCUUUGGACAUUAAAAAAGAAAAAAAGAUUCCUGCCUUAGCUGUGAUUUCUCCUUUGCAUUUUUUGGAUUUGGAAUUGUUUUUAUUUUAACAAAUUAUUUUGUGCCGGUUCACUUAAUUGGGAGUUAGCAAAUAUUAUAAAUCUGUCCCGCUGAUGUGCAUAGGUAUACAAUUGAUAUAGUUGUACAUAAUUUUUAGGCUGUAUUGUUUGUAAAUAGAAAUGCAGUGUUUCUGUGUUGCCCAGGCUGGUCUCAAAUUCCUGGGCUCAAACGAUCUUCUUGCUUUAGCCUUUAGGGCAAAUGAGAUUACAGUCUUAAUCCGCUAUGCCCCCCUUGAAGACUGGAAUUUUUUUUUUUUUUUUUUUUGAUACAGGGUCUCAUUCUUUUGU